CUGCUUUAGUGAUCAAUCUAAUAUCAAUAGUGUUAUACUUGUCACUUGGUGUAUGUUAUAAACUUCAACUUAGGUACACAUAAAUAUACUAUACCUAAUAUUGUUAUUAAAAAUCCUAAAAAGAUCAAAUUUUUUACUAACUUAAACAAUAUGUUUCCGAUUAAGUAAUACAAGAUGAAGAAAAAUAAUAUCACAUGUAAACGAACCGCAUUUAUCGUGAACACGCGGAGACUGGUUGUAAGAAACUUAACACAGACGUUACCGAGGAUCGUAUCACACAGGGGAUGGCCUAAACAAAUAUUGAACCAUUACAAUUAUGGUUUAUUGCAGGCAACUAAAAAGUUCAGAAAAUGGCAUAAGAUAUGGUUACAGAAAAAAUACAAAAUGGCAAUGGAUUCUCGACAUAGAAAACAGCUCGAAUUGAAAAUACUAGCUGAAACCCUUUUCAAAGACAAAAAAUGGAAUUAUGGUCAAUGCAGUUCACACUUUUCGUUUCAAGGCGAACGGUUGAAUAUUACAGAGAAAAGCUUAAGGGCGACAUUCAUGCAUACAGUACCUAAAGAAAAAUAUGUUUACGGUUCCAGGGUAGUUAAAUUCGAUCGAAAAGGAUAUAAAAAAAGAUCCAGGCUAUUAAUAUUAACAACUAAGACGCUCUAUUUGAAUCAAGUAGUGAAAAAUAAGUUAAAAACUGUCGACAAGAUACCACUGAUUUACGUGAACAAGUUUGAAGUCACUUCGGGAAAAGAUAACUUUUUGCUGAUUAAAAUAUCCUCACAAUACAAACAAACUAAAGGUGAUUUAAUUUUAGAGAUUCCUUACCUAAUAGAGUUUAUUACGAAGUUCAUCAACAUUUCAAAAAAAUGUACUCUGUUGAAUAUCAACAGAAUUGAUAUUGGUCAAAAGUUAACACAUACUAUUAAAGGGUCAAAAAGUGGUGUCAUAGAACUGAAAGAAAAUAAAUCAGCCACACCUAUUAUUAUGAAGGACAAAAAUAAAAACCUAAUUGUCAGUGGAUAGUUAUACAAUAUACAUUUUACAUUAUUUUUGUUUGAUAAAAUUACUAGUACAUAUAAUUUAAAAUUUGUAUAUUUGUAAGACCAUCACUGUACCACUGAAGUAUAUUUAUUUUGAAGAGAAUAUAACAAGAUAAAAUGUCAGUUAAGGAAAAAUUUAAGGUAGUUAGAACUGGAAUGGCCACUACAUAGACAGUACCUACAAAGUUGCAUUUAAAAAUCUCUAGUUAGUUUUAAAAAUACUUGUAUUCAGACAUUAUUAUAGUGAAAUAUUUCUUUUAGUAUUGA